AUGACUACUCAAGGUGUUACGUUUGCUUCUCAGGACAAGCUACCCAAGCUUCCCAUUCCGGACUUGGACAAGUCUUGCACGAAAUAUCUUGCAUCUCUCAGACCUCUACAAUCCGCUCGCGAGCAUGCAGAAACAGAAGCCGCUGUGCAGGACUUCCUCCGAUCCGAGGGUCCUGAACUUCAAGAGAAGCUCAAGAAGUAUGCCACGGGCAAGUCAAGUUACAUCGAACAAUUCUGGUACGACUCGUAUCUCAACUUUGACAAUCCUGUUGUCCUCAACCUCAAUCCCUUUUUCCUGCUCGAGGAUGAUCCGACUCCUGCCAGAAACAACCAAGUCACUCGCGCCGCCUCCCUCGUCAUUUCCGCCCUAUCUUUCGUCAGAGCAGUGAGAAAGGAAGAACUCGAGCCCGAUACCUUGAGAGGUCAGCCCCUGGAUAUGUACCAAUACUCACGUCUAUUCGGUACCGCUCGUAUUCCCACAGAACAUGGCUGUCAGAUUGGCCAAGAUCCCUCAUCUAAGCACAUUGUCGUUUUGGUGCGCGGCCAGUUCUACUGGUUCGAUGUCCUGGACGACAACAAUGACCUGAUAAUGACGGAGAAAGACAUCACUGUCAACCUCCAAGUCAUUGUCGACGAUGCACAGAACAUACCCAUCCAGGAGUUUGCGCGUAACGCUGUUGGUGUGCUGAGCACUGAGAAUCGAAAGAUUUGGUCCAGCCUUCGUGAUGUUCUCUCAAGAGACGAAGGUUCGAACAACUCUGAUAGUCUCAACAUUGUCGACUCUGCCCUCUUCAUCCUUUGUCUGGAUUAUACUGAGCCCAAGUCUGGUGCUGACCUCUGCAUGAACAUGCUUUGUGGUACAUCUCAGAUCGAGGACGGUCUACAAGUUGGUACAUGUACCAACCGCUGGUACGACAAGUUGCAGCUUAUUGUCUGCCAGAACGGCAGUGCUGGUAUCAACUUUGAGCACACUGGUGUCGACGGUCAUACAGUUUUGCGCUUCGCUUCCGACGUGUAUACCGACACUAUUCUGCGCUUUGCUCGCACCAUCAACGGCAAAGCACCCUCCUUGUGGGCAUCAGAUUCGCCAGAUCCCGCCAAGAGAGAUCCGAGCAGUUUCGGCGACGUCUCCACCACACCACAUAGGCUCGAGUGGGACAUGCUGCCUGAGAUAUCAACAGCUGUACGAUUUGCUGAGACACGUCUCGCUGACCUCAUCCAGCAGAACGAGUUUGCUACUCUCGAGUUCAUGCAGUAUGGCAAGAACUUCAUGACUAGUAUGGGCUUCUCUCCCGAUGCCUUUGUGCAGAUGGCUUUCCAAGCGGCCUACUAUGGACUGUAUGGAAGAAUGGAAUGCGUUUACGAGCCAGCCAUGACCAAAGUCUUCUACCAUGGUCGAACGGAAGCCAUCCGCCCUGUCACUGAUGAGUCGACUGAAUUUGUGAAACUCUUCUGGGGUGAUAAUCCACCCGCCAAGAAGGUAGAGGCGUUGCGUAAAGCAUGCCAGAAACACACCGAGAUUACAAAAGAAUGCGCAAAAGCUCAAGGACAGGAUAGACAUCUUUAUGCCUUAUUCUGCGUCUGGCAGCGCAUGAUCGACGGUGACGAGGAGAUUCUGAGUCAAACUGGUGACGGCAACGAUAGCAAUAACCAUGAUGGCAGUUCUUCUGAUGUUAUGAGCGACGAUGAAAGUUCUCGAGGCUCAAUAAAUCGUAUGCAAACCAAUACGGGUGCCAUGCCUUCCCUGUUCGGAGACAGUGGCUGGGACAGAUUGAAUACCACCAUCCUCUCAACAUCCAACUGUGGUAACCCGUCUCUACGACAGUUCGGAUUCGGACCCACCUCAGGCGACGGCUUCGGUAUCGGCUACAUCAUCAAAGACGGCAGCGUCAGUAUCUGCGCUUCCUCCAAGCACCGUCAGACCAAGCGUUACAUCGAUGCUAUCGAGAGCUACUUCCUAGAGAUGAGAAAGGUCUUGAGACAAACUCAGAGAAGAGGCACAAAUACCGAUAAACUUGCCAGUCGUGCACGAGAAGCCGAGGAAAUGAAGGCGAAGAUUAGACCUAAGAGUCAUAGGCUGAAGUCGCGCGGUAAGCCUGUUGAUGGUACUAGAACACCCGCUAUGGAAAGUGAGCAGGUCAGCGAUGAUGACGGCUUGGGAGGCUAUGGCUUCUUCGAUGCUGGAAUGUUGUUGCAGGCACUUAAGCAAGAGCAAAACGGUAGCAUUAAGCCUAGUCAAAAGGCGGCGGCGAGAAACAAGGUUGGCAAGAAAUUGCAAUUGACGGAUUACUAG